AUGGCAGGAAUGUGGCGACCUGAGAGGAUACUGUGGAGGGUAGCCAAUCACAUGGGUAUAGGAGACGCCUCAACGUACGUACCUUUUGAUUUACAAGAACAUUACCACGAUUACUGUGAGAUAACUGAUUGGAAUAACGAUUGGCAGGUUGAAAACUGUUGGCUGUUCAAUCUUCCGGAUUUGGCACAAGAGCAUCCGUACGUUGAUGAGCAACUGUGUAACUGGAUCGAUACAUUCCUUACCAAAUUUGAUAUAGACGGUAUCAGAAUCGACACAGUCACACACGUUCCUAAAUGGUUCUGGGAACACUUUGUAGGCGCUGCAGACAUCUACGAAGUCGGCGAAGUCUACAGCAGUGAUUUGGACAAAAUAGAGUAUUAUAUACCACCUUUGGAUGCCACCUUAAAUUAUCCGUAUUAUUAUUCUAUGAAGGAUGCAUUUGUUUGGAAUAAAAGUAUGCGAAACAUCACGAAUCUUUACAAAGACAUGGGAAUUCCGAUUGUAUAUUAUGGGACAGAGCAGGGAUAUGAUGGGUGUGCCGAUCCUCACAGAUCACUACCAUUACCAAUUCUGGUUAACAUCUACAAUACAGACGACAGUGUGACGGUGGAAUCACCGUGA